AUGGAUCUCGUCAACCACCUCACAGAUCGCAUGCUGUUUGCUGUCCCUAAGAAAGGCCGACUCCAGCAAGCCUGUCUGGACCUACUAUCCGGCUCAGACAUCCAAUUCAGACGUGAGAACAGGCUCGACAUAGCCCUGGUCAAGAACCUACCAAUAGCUCUGAUAUUCCUCCCAGCAGCCGACAUACCCACCUUCGUCGGCGAAGGUAGAGUCGACCUUGGCAUUACAGGUAUUGACCAAGUAGCGGAACACGAUAUCGCACUACCGUUCGACGAGCCCUCGAACGUCGAGCAAAUACUCGAUCUCGAGUUCGGCAAAUGUAAACUCCAAGUUCAGGUCCCUGAACAGGGUGACAUCAAAGAGGCCAAGGAUCUCGUGGGCAAGAACAUUGUCACCAGCUUCACGGCACUGACCGAGGACUACUUUGCACGACUCGAGAACAAUCAAAGUCGGAAAGAGAGCAUCAACGGCACCAUGUCACCUAUACCGAAGCUGAAAACGAAAAUAAAGUACGUCGGUGGAAGUGUCGAGGCAGCCUGUGCACUGGGAGUCGCAGACGGCAUAGUCGAUCUCGUGGAAUCCGGUGAAACCAUGCGAGCUGCUGGCCUGUGCGCCAUAGACACAGUGGUCGAAUCCACGGCUGUAUUGAUCAAGUCGAAAAAGACUUCUAAUCAGAAACUGGUUGAUCUGAUCACAUCACGAAUCAAAGGUGUGAUACAGGCACAGAAAUACGUCCUUUGCGCAUACAACGUGCCAAGAAGCCGAUUACCGGAUGUGACCAAGAUCACGCCUGGCAAGCGAGCACCAACAGUGACAAGUCUGGACGAGCCGGAUUGGGUAGCUGUGAAUGUUAUGAUAGCGAAGAAGGAGCUGGCAGGAGUUAUGGACAGGCUUGAGGAAGCACAGGCGACGGAUAUAUUGGUUACACCACUUAUAAACUCACGAGCUUCGACAUGA